AUGGUGGAUAAGCAACCUAAACCUACCAUGUUUACACCAAUUACAAUACGCGGGGUUAGGUUCCGGAACCGGAUAUGUGUUGCCCCAAUGAGCCAGCACAUGUGCGAGCCUGAAAACCUGGAUACCGGUGCUCAUGGUGGUAUGGUUAACAAUUGGCACCUGGUUCACUACGGAACACUGGCACGCGGUGGGGCCGGUCUGGUCAUGAUGGAGGCUACAGGUGUCGAACCUGGGGGUCGACUAUCUAAACAUAGCCCGGGCCUAUGGCGGGACGAUCAGUUGAAGCCCAUGUGUGAAAUAAUCACAUUUAUAAAGGACCAAGGUGCUGUUCCCGGAUUGCAAUUGGUGCAUGCUGGUCGUAAGGCUAAUAUUGAACUUCGUAACACCGAUACGUUUAUGGGUUGGACUGAUUGUGGUGUUUACCCCGUGAUCGCACCCUCCCCCAUAGCCUAUAAUGAUAGGUCGGUAGUGCCCAUAGAGGCUACCGGUGCUGAUAUUUCUAGGGUUACGGAGGCGCACGUGUCGGCCGCCAAGCGUGCCGUUGAGGCCGAGUUUCAGGUGAUUGAGCUACAUUUCGGGCAUGGCUACCUGGUCAGUACAUUUUUAUCACCAAUCACAAACAAACGUACGGACGAGUACGGGGGUAGUCUAGUUAACCGCAUGCGACUGGCCCUGGACAUAGCCCGUGGUGUGCGCCAGGCCCUACCCGACACCAUAGUCCUUGGUGUACGCCUAUCAGUGACCGACUACUGCGACAUGGGCUGGGAGCUGGAAAAUAGCAUAAUCUUAGCAAGGCAACUAAAACAAAUUGGCGUUGACUUUAUAGACUGUAGUUCCGGUGAUGUGGUAGCCCAGUGCACCCAUAACCCCCUUGAUCCCAGUCCCAUGCAAGUAGACAGCGCCGGUAUUAUUAGCCGGGCAACUGGUAUGGCCACUGUAGCCGUGGGCGAUAUAGUCGAGCCCCUGGAGGCUGAAAAUAUUUUGAAACAAAAUGGCGGACCGGUUAUGGUGUUUAUGGGUAGGGCG